AUAUUAUUAGACAGUCAUCCAUUAAAAACAUAACCUUUUUACAAGAAGCCGAUUACAAAGCAGAAAAAAACAAAUUUCAAUCGAAAUGGAGUGCCUAAUUGGAAUUAAAUUCAGAGAUUUCGUGAUGAUCGCUGCCGAUAUGACGAAUGCACACAGCAUUAUGGUCAUGAAAUCAGAUGAGAAUAAACUGCAUCAACUGAGCGAUAAAUUAAUUAUGGCUGUAUCUGGUGAGUCUGGAGACACCACACAGUUCGCUGAAUACAUUGCAAAGAACAUCCAGUUAUACAAGAUGAGAAAUGGUUACGAGUUGAGCCCCAAAGAGGCUGCAACUUUUACCAGACGCAAUCUGGCUGACGCUUUAAGAUCUAGAAAUGCUUACCAUGUAAACCUAUUGUUGGCUGGUUUCGAUGAAUUCAGUGGACCGGAGCUGUAUUUCAUGGACUAUCUGGCAUCUCUGACAUAUGUAAACUAUGCUGCCCACGGAUACGGUGGAUACUUUUCGUUGGCGAUCAUGGAUCGUCACUUUGUGGAAACAAUGAACGUGGACGAGGCUUACGAGCUCAUGGAAAGAUGCGUGAAGGAGGUGCAGCAUCGUCUUAUUGUUAACCUUCCGAAUUUCAAAGUUAAAAUUAUCAGCAAGAAUGGCAUCAAGGACAUGCCCGACAUCACUGCUGAAACUGUCAAGAAACUUGUAAAUUAAGCGAUAUUUCAUAAACUUUUUCUUUUUCCAAUAUUUAAUAAAAUUAUUUUAUAAGAG